GCUCAAAACUCGGGGUGAAUUAAGCUUGAUCAAAUAUUGAUGGCGAGUUUCAGCUUUGUUAGGUAUUACUUAAUUGGUAAUUCUCUUGAGUUUCUAACAAAAUCUAUCCAAUUUCUUUCUUAAUUGGAGUUUAUUGCUGUUUGCUCUAAUGCAACCAAUUGAAGCGAUAUCUUCAGACACUUCCCAUAACUUGGCGAACCUCCUUUCAAAAUGCAUUCGAACUAAUGAUCUCAAGCUGGGGAGACUCAUCCAUUCACGGCUGAUAAAGACAGCAUUAAACUUUAACACAUUCCUCGCCAAUCGGUUGAUUGACAUGUAUGCUAAAUGUAGCUCUGUAGAAUAUGCGCAACAGGCAUUUAAUGAAGUAUCAAACAAGAAUGCACAAUCUUGGAACACAAUACUCUCAGCUUAUUGUAAAAAGGGUCUUUUUGGGGAAACCUUCCAGGUGCUCGAUGUAAUGCCUGAACCAAAUGUUGUGAGCUAUAACUCGGUUAUAUCUAGCUUAACUCAUCAUGGGUUUCCAGGAAAAGCUAUGGGCUUUUUCAAAAGAACGCAAAGACAAUGUGGGGAUGAGUUCUUGAUUGACGAGUUUACAGUUGUUGGUGUGGUAAAUGCUUGCGCAUGUUUGGGUGUGUUGAGGUUGUUGCGCGAAUUGCAUGGGUUUGCGACUGUGAUUGGUGUGAGGUUUAAUCUUGUGGUUUGCAAUGCACUGAUUGAUGCUUAUGGGAAAUGUGGCAAACCUGAGUACUCAUAUUCUGUUUUCUGUCAAAUGCACGAGACUGAUGUAUUCUCCUGGACUUCGAUGUUGGUUGCUUAUAUACGUGCAUCUAGAUUGGAAGAUGCGUGCUCACUUUUUGAUAACAUGCCAGUCAGAAAUGUGGUGGCUUGGACUGCUUUGAUCAUGGGGUUUGCUCAGAAUGGAGAAGGAGAGAAGGCUUUGUGUAUUUUUAAGGAAAUGCUGGAAGAAGGUAUUGUGCCCAGUGCAUCCACUUAUGUUAGUGUUCUAAGUGCUUGUGCAGACAUACCUAUUAUAGAAAAAGGGAAGCAGGUUCAUGGACACAUUUUUAGAUAUACGUGUUUAAUUGAUUUGCAUAAUGUGUUUAUAGUUAAUGCUUUGAUUGACAUGUAUUGUAAAUGUGGAGACAUGAUAUCUGCUAUGACAUUGUUUGGGAGGUUAGAUGGGAAGGAUCGAGUUACUUGGAACUCAAUAAUAAUUGGGUUCGCUCAAAAUGGGAAUGGAGAGAUGUCAUUGAUCAUGUUUGACAAAUUGAUUGAAGCAGGUACAAAACCAAAUCAUGUAACUUUUCUUGGGGUUUUAUCUGCCUGUAGCCACUGUGGUUUACUAUCUGAAGGAUUCCACUAUCUUCAUUCCAUGGAGAGGGAAUACGGUAUAGUGCCCCAAUUAGAUCACUAUGGGAUCUUGAUUGAUUUACUUGGACGGAAGAAUAGACUUUGGGAAGCUGCGGAAUUAAUCAAGGGAGCUCCUUGGGGAACAAACAAUAUUGGAAUGUGGGGCGCGCUUCUGGGUGCUUGCAGGGUACAUGGGAACUUAAAACUUGCUAGAAGGGCAGCAGAAGCUCUAUUUGAGCUGGAACCUGAUAAUGCUGCCAGGUAUAUUAUGUUAUCCAACAUCUAUGCAGCAGCAGGAAGGUGGGAUGAUGCCCGCAGUCUGCGAAGGUACAUGGAUAACAGAGGAUUGGUGAAAGAAGCAGCUUAUAGUUGGAUUGAGAUAAAAAACAUCAGACAUAAGUUUGUCAGUAAAGACCAGUCCCACAGUCGGUCAGAAGAAAUAAAAGAAUUGCUAACUAAACUCAUCGAUCCAAUGAAGGAUGUUGGAUACGUAUUUCAAACUGAAAGCUCAAUACUUUCUUGAAGAUGAUGCAUUUUCUUGAUAUGAUUGAAAGAGGUUGUAACCAUGUACAAAGCUUUCUACUUUUAACGACUAUGAGCUUUGGUGCAAACCAGUCCUGCUGAAAUUUUGGGAAAGAAAAAGCGAGGCAGAAUUUUUGUCUUUCCAGAUAUUAUCACUUAUCUUAAAGGUAAGAAACAUGACCAUCAGAUGCUAGGCACUAUAAUACAGUCCUUGCUGCUUGAAGUUUCAGAGAUGUUGAUGUUAUGAGCAGUAGAUGGAUCCAUCAUUAACGUGCAGGUAUCCACCUAUUUGGUGCACAGGUUAUAUCUGCAUUCUUUGACUUAAGCACAAAACCAGUCUGCUCAUAGUUCACUACAGCAGUAUGAAGAAGCUGGGAUAGGCCAACAGCCAAAUAUAAAGUCAACAGCUCUGAGGAACCCGCAGUUGCUCAGCAAGCUGAAGGUUGUCUUGGAGAGAGUAAAGCAAGAAGCUCAAUGUGCAUCAUUGAAAGAGAGAGCCCCGGAGCGACGUAAUAGGCAGAGAUUAUACACAAGUGGCUAAAAUUGGAGAGCAAACAGUUGUGGGAACAGACUUAUGGGUGAAGGAACGAGCUAAGAAACGUUUGGCUUGUGACUUACAAACGAGAAAAUAAGCUUGCAAAAGUUUAUCUCUGAUACCAUGAAAAAAAUCGAGCAUCCUCAUCAAAAUUUAAGGCUAUAGGUGGAGUAGUCCGCGAGUAAAAUAAAUCUAUUUUGGUUAACCUUUAUACAUCUUGGUGUGAUGUUUUAAUCUUAACACAUCUUUUUUUUUUCUUUUUUCACAUCUCAUUCUAAUGAAUCUUAAUUUUCUUAAUAGCUCCUCCCGUUGUUUAAGAGUUAA